UCAUCUACAGACCCACUGAUGACGAAAUGAAGACAGCCGCAAAAGACUGGCCACCCAUGGAGAAAGGAGGUGAAGAACUGGCAAAAAGCCUCCUCCUCUUCUGCAAAACGUGGAGACCCACUGCCGCGGAAUUGAGAAAGCUUCUCCUCGUGCACAUGGGGCCCCAACACUACUCCAAGAUACAAGCAACUGUAGAAGCAGACGGCUUCGAAGCACUGGCAGCCAAACUGGUUCCAUGGACAGAGGCUGGCGACUGGGAGAUCUGGGUCACCGCCAUCUGUAACAAACUGAGAGAAAGUUUUGCUGUAAAGGUGGACUACGGACGACUGAGAGACUGUAAACAACAAGACCAUGAAAGUGUGUCCGAUUAUUUCCACCGCCUCCUUGAUGUCUGCAUCCGCCACUCAGGACAGGCAAAACCCGACGUGUGGGAGGGUGUGGAAACCCCCUUUGAAAAUAUCAUGAAGAUGGCCUUUGGGGAAGGCCUCCACAAGCCCAUUUUGACCCAAGUUCGCUCCACCCUUGUGGGAGGCCGGGCUGAAAACAGACUGCAAGAGCUCCUCAAACACGCCAAACACGGUGAACAAAGAGAGAAAGAAAAGCGAGACAAAACUGCCAGACACCUAGACACUGCCACUCUAAAUGCUCAGCUGGCUCUGGCCCACUUGGACAGCCGCCCUUUCAGAGGACAAGACAGAGGCCGUGGAUGCGGAAGGGGCCAAGGGCACCGACGCGGAAGAAGAUAUUCCCGCACAUAUGACCCCACCAAAUGUUUUAACUGCGAGAAGCAUGGCCACUGGGCCAAAGACUGUCCAGAAACACCAAGAGAGGGGGGCGGAGGAAACCGUCACGGGAGCUGGCAGGACAACGAACAAGUUCCCUAUGCCUCGGACUGACCGUCAGAGAGAGGAGUUGAGCACAGGUAAAGGAGACACUCCCACCCUCGACUGACACGCUGCUCCACGACCUGAAACCUGGUGAUUACGUGGUCAUAAAGAACUUCAGGAGGAAGUCCUGGCAGCAUCAGCGCUGGCUUGGACCUUUCCAGUUCCUCCUCACCACUCACACGGCUGUGAAAGUUGCUGAGAGAGCCACCUGGACACACGGCACCCACUGCAGACGAGUCCCGGAUUCGACAACUCCACCAACUGACCCUGACACCUCCGGAUAGAUCCUCUGCUCCGGCUACCCUCCCCCGCUGUCAUAGACUGAGAGGCAGCCUACAGCUCCUGCCAUUGACUGAGAGGCAGAACAUCAUGGAAAGACCACACCCCUGGCACCCUUUCAGGAACCACCCCAGCCUUUGUGGGCUGAGGGGGACCACCUGCAUCCUGUCCGGCUUCAUGCUGGGGGACCACCUGCAUCCUGGCCGGCUUCAUGCUGGCCCCCUGGUUGUGGUAUCAACUGCAGGAGGAUAAACCCCCGCCACACCUCCCCCUACGUAUUCCCUGCUGUUGGGCCACGCAGGCUUAGGACAGUCAAACCAUGGACUUGGGCCUUUAAGAUCACCAAGAGGCCCAAAAGGACUCUUUAUCCCAGAAUUCCCUGCGGUACUUCACACCUACGUGUGACGUAAAGGGGGGACCGGAACCUGAGGGAGACCCCACAGGAAGGCGGCCAGGUGAUAAAACUCUGAGACUCCCCUUGUUCUCUCUCUUACCACGCGCUGACUUGAAGUGCUCGGAGACCAAAGCUCACCUCCUGUUUUCUGCAACAAUCUUCCUUUGUUUUAAGUUUUGGCGCGCAGGUAAUCCGCGGCCGGCAGUGUUCCAAAUUCCGAGCUCGGAUUGUCCAGUGAACGCAUCUCAGUUUCUCGGAGAGCGUCAGACUAUAACAGAUUAUCAGAAAGAUAACGGUCUUAUUCCGU